GGCGGACUCUUUUUCUCUCGUUCUCUGCCUUCUUGCCCCCCCCCCCCCCCGUUACCCCCCCCCUCCCGCCCCGCACCCCUCCCCUUUACCCCGCACCCCCGCCUCCUCCCGGCGCAGGACGCGCACGUCCCGUUGGAGGCGGCGGCUGCCGGAGGAUUGUUCGGUGCUGGUGGUGGUGGCCGUGGUGGCGGCGAGGCCCGGGCCGGGCCAUGGCCGAGUUCCUGCCCCCGCCCGAGUGCCCCGUCUUCGAGCCCAGCUGGGAGGAGUUCGCCGACCCCUUCGCCUUCAUCCACAAGAUCCGGCCCAUCGCCGAGCAGACCGGCAUCUGCAAGGUGCGGCCGCCGCCGGACUGGCAGCCACCAUUUGCAUGUGAUGUUGAUAAGCUUCACUUCACUCCAAGGAUCCAGAGGCUUAAUGAACUAGAGGCCCAAACCCGUGUAAAACUGAAUUUCCUGGACCAGAUUGCAAAGUUUUGGGAACUUCAGGGAUGUACACUGAAAAUUCCACAUGUGGAGAGGAAGAUCUUGGAUUUAUUUCAGCUUAAUAGACUAGUUGCAGAAGAAGGAGGAUUUGAUGUAGUUUGCAAGGAGAGAAAAUGGACCAAAAUAGCCACUAGAAUGGGAUUUGCUCCUGGCAAAGCAGUGGGUUCGCACAUCCGUGCACACUAUGAGCGUAUUCUCUAUCCUUACAACUUAUUCCAGUCUGGAGCUAGCCUAUUGUGUUUGCAGAAACCAGAUCUUGCUAGUGACACAAAGGACAAGGAAUAUAAGCCCCAUGAUAUUCCACAGAGACAGUCUGUUCAGCCAUCUGAAACUUGUCCACCUGCUCGUCGAGCAAAACGCCUAAGAGCAGAGGCAACCAAUAUGAAAAGUGAAUCUGAACCUUCAGAGGCCAGAACUCAUAAUCUGAGACGCAGAAUGGGAUGUGCGCCUCCAAAGUGUGAAAAUGAAAAGGAAAUGUAUAGUUCAGUGAAACUUCCCGAGAAGAGAGAGCACGCUGGGGAGCCAGAGAAAGACAAAUCCAAAGCCCGAUCCAAAAAACCUACUAAUGCUGUGGAUUUGUAUGUAUGUCUCUUAUGUGGCAGUGGUAACGAUGAGGACCGUCUCCUGUUGUGUGAUGGCUGUGAUGACAGUUACCAUACUUUUUGUUUAAUUCCACCCCUUCAUGAUGUUCCCAAAGGGGACUGGAGGUGCCCCCAGUGUUUGGCUCAGGAGUGUAAUAAGCCUCAAGAAGCAUUUGGUUUUGAACAAGCAGCGAGAGACUAUACACUGCGCACCUUUGGAGAAAUGGCAGAUGCAUUCAAGUCAGACUAUUUUAACAUGCCAGUACAUAUGGUCCCCACUGAGCUGGUUGAAAAGGAAUUCUGGAGACUUGUUAGUACCAUUGAAGAGGAUGUUACUGUGGAAUAUGGAGCUGAUAUUGCUUCAAAGGAGUUUGGCAGUGGCUUCCCAGUUAGAGAUGGGAAAUUUAAAGUGAGACCAGAAGAAGAGGAAUACCUUGAUAGUGGCUGGAAUUUAAACAACAUGCCUGUGAUGGAGCAGUCUGUUCUUGCUCACAUCACUGCAGACAUAUGUGGAAUGAAAUUACCUUGGCUAUAUGUAGGAAUGUGCUUUUCUUCAUUUUGUUGGCAUAUUGAAGACCACUGGAGCUAUUCGAUUAACUAUCUGCAUUGGGGGGAGCCUAAAACGUGGUAUGGAGCCCCAGGUUAUGCAGCAGAACAGCUGGAGGAUGUAAUGAAGAAGCUUGCUCCAGAGCUAUUUGAAUCUCAGCCAGAUCUCUUGCACCAACUUGUCACCAUAAUGAACCCGAAUACUUUGAUGGCCCACGGAGUGCCUGUUUAUCGAACCAAUCAGUGUGCUGGAGAGUUUGUGAUCACUUUUCCAAGAGCUUAUCACAGUGGCUUCAAUCAGGGUUUCAAUUUUGCUGAAGCUGUGAACUUCUGCACUGUUGAUUGGCUGCCGUUGGGUCGCCAAUGUGUAGAACAUUAUCGCCUGCUACACCGUUACUGCGUGUUUUCUCAUGAUGAGAUGAUCUGUAAAAUGGCUUCCAAGGCAGAAUUUCUUGAUGUUGUGGUGGCAUCUACUGUUCAGAAAGACAUGGCUAUUAUGAUUGAUGAUGAGAAGAUGCUGCGUGAGAAGGUUCAGAAACUGGGAGUGACUGACUCGGAGAGAGUGGCUUUUGAGUUGUUUCCUGAUGAUGAGCGACAGUGCUUAAAGUGUAAAACCACUUGUUUCAUGUCUGCUGUUUAUUGUCCAUGUAAACCUGGAUUACUGGUAUGCUUGUAUCAUGUAGAGGAUCUUUGUUCCUGUCCCACCUACAAAUAUAAACUGGGGUACCGCUACACUCUGGAGGAGCUCUAUCCAAUGAUGAACGCGCUAAAGAUGCGUGCAGAAUCAUACAACGAAUGGGCUUCCAAUGUUAAUGAAGCUUUGGAGGCAAAAAUUAACAAUAAAAGAAGUCUCGUCAGCUUUAAGGCUUUGAUAGAAGAAUCAGAAAUGAAAAAGUUUCCAGAUAAUGACCUACUGCGACACCUCAGACUAGUUACACAGGACGCAGACAAAUGUGCCUCAGUUGCACAACAGCUGCUUAAUGGCAAAAGACAAACCAGGUAUCGCUCUGGAGGAGGGAAAUCUCAAAAUCAGCUGACGGUGAAUGAGCUCCGGUUGUUUGUAAGGCAGCUGUAUGCUCUGCCCUGCGUCCUCAGUCAGACGCCACUACUGAAGGAUCUUCUUGAUCGUGUAGAAGCUUUUCAACAGCAAAGCCAAAAACUCCUUUCUGAAGAAAUGCCUUGUGCUGCAGAACUCCAGGAGCUGUUAGAUGUCAGCUUUGAUUUUGAUGUUGAUUUACCCCAGCUUGCUGAGCUGCGGAUACGUCUGGAACAGGCACGCUGGCUCGAGGAUGUGCAACUCGCUUCCUCAGACCAAAACUCUCUUACUCUAGAUGAUAUGAGACGUCUUAUAGACUCAGGUGUUGGACUGGCUCCCUACCCAGCAGUUGAGAAAGCAAUGGCAAAGCUGCAAGAGCUCCUUACUGUAUCUGAACACUGGGAUGACAAAGCCAGAAAUCUGAUAAAGGCCAGACCACGGCAGUCACUGAGCAGUCUCGUAGCAGCACUGAAAGAAAUAGAGGAGAUCCCAGCCUAUCUCCCAAAUGGUGUUGCACUGAAAGAUGCAGUGCAGAAGGCCAAAGACUGGCUGCAGGAAGUGGAAUCUUUACAGGUUGGAGGUCGUGUGCCAGUACUGGACACGUUAGUAGAACUCGUCACAAGAGGUCGAUCUAUUCCAGUGCACCUGGACUAUCUGCUGAGGCUUGAGUCCUUGGUGUCAGAAGUUCAGGCGUGGAAAGAGUGUGCAGCUAACACGUUUCUGUGCGAGAACUCCCCUUACUCUCUUCUGGAGGUGUUAUGUCCCCGGUGUGAUAUUGGAAUAUUGAAUCUUAAAAGAAAGCAGAAGAAGCUGAAGGAGCCAGUGCCAAGUGGAAAGAAGAAGAGCACUAAGCUAGAGACCUUGAGUGACUUAGAAAGAGCUCUUUCUGAGAGCAAAGACACUGCAUCUGCGAUGGCUACGCUCGGGGAAGCCCGGUUAAAGGAGAUGGAAGCACUGCGAUCUCUCCGAGCAGCAAAUGAAGUGAAGGUGCUGAAGGGGACGGAGGAAUUUGGUGUUCACUUAGCAGAACUGACUGUGGAUCCUCAGGGUGCCCUGGCCAUCCGUCAGCUAGCGUCUGUCAUUUUGAAACAGUAUGUGGAAACUCAUUGGUGUUCUCAGUCAGAAAAGUUCAGACCUCCGGAGACCACGGAAAGGGCAAAAGUUGCAAUUAGGGAGCUCCUACCCAACGGGCUGAGAGAAUCGAUCAGCAAAGUGCGCUCGAGCGUUGCCUAUGCAGUGUCAGCAAUCGCCCACUGGGACUGGCCUGAAGCCUGGCCCGAGCUGUUCAACCUCUUGAUGGAGAUGCUGGUUAGUGGGGAUGUGAAUGCAGUGCACGGAGCCAUGAGAGUGCUUACGGAGUUUACACGAGAAGUGACGGACACGCAGAUGCCGCAUGUUGCUCCUGUUAUUCUUCCAGAGAUGUACAAGAUUUUCACAAUGGCUGAGGUGUAUGGUAUUCGCACAAGGUCACGCGCAGUGGAGAUAUUUACCACGUGUGCCCACAUGAUCUGUAACAUGGAGGAGCUGGAAAAGGGUGCGGCCAAAGUCCUGAUUUUUCCUGUGGUGCAGCAGUUCACGGAGGCUUUUGUUCAGGCCCUGCAAAUGCCUGAUGGACCCACAUCAGACAGUGGAUUUAAGAUGGAAGUCUUAAAGGCUGUGACAGCCCUGGUGAAGAACUACCCGAAGCACAUGGUUUCGUCGAUGCAGCAGAUCCUGCCCAUCGUCUGGAACACCCUUACGGAAAGUGCUGCCUUUUAUGUGAGAACAGAAGUAAAUUAUACAGAGGAGGUGGAGGAUCCUGUGGAUUCCGAUGGUGAAGUAUUGGGAUUCGAAAAUCUGGUGUUCAGCAUCUUUGAAUUUGUUCAUGCCUUGUUGGAAAACAACAAAUUUAAGAGCACGGUGAAGAAGGCUUUGCCAGAGCUGAUCUAUUACAUCCUCCUUUACAUGCAGAUCACAGAGGAGCAGAUAAAAGUUUGGACUGCAAAUCCACAACAGUUUGUGGAGGAUGAAGAUGAUGAUACUUUUUCAUACACAGUGAGGAUUGCUGCACAAGAUCUGUUGCUGGCUGUGGCUGCUGAUUUCCAGAAUGAGAGUGCAACUGCUUUGGCUGCAGCAGCUACAAGGCAUUUGCAGGAAGCCGAGCAGGCUAAAAACAAUGGUGCUGAGCACUGGUGGAAGAUACAUGAAGCUUGCAUGCUUGCCCUGGGCUCUGUGAAGUCUAUUAUUACAGACAGCGUGAAGAAUGGUCGGAUACAUUUUGAUAUGCACGGCUUCCUGACAAACGUCGUUCUUGCAGACCUCAACCUUUCAGUGUCUCCUUUUCUCUUGGGCCGUGCUCUCUGGGCUGCCAGCCGUUUCACAGUGGCGAUGUCCCCAGAACUAAUCCAGCAGUUCCUGCAAGCCACUGUCAGCGGUCUGCACGAAACCCAGCCGCCUUCUGUCCGAAUCUCUGCAGUCAGAGCUAUCUGGGGCUACUGUGACCAGCUGAAGAUCUCUGAGAGCACCCACGUGUUGCAGCCUUUCCUUCCGAGCAUUCUCGAUGGACUGAUCCACUUGGCAACUCAGUUCAGUUCGGAGGUCCUCAACCUUGUGAUGGAGACGCUGUGCAUUGUCUGUACGGUAGACCCAGCGUUUACAGCAAGCGUGGAGAACAAAAUCUGCCCCUUCACAAUUGCAAUCUUUCUGAAGUACAGUAACGAUCCAGUUGUUGCUUCUCUUGCCCAAGAUAUCUUUAAGGAGCUAGCUCAGAUAGAAGCCUGCCAGGGUCCAAUGCAGAUGAGGCUAAUACCAACUCUUGUCAGCAUCAUGCAGGCCCCUGCUGACAAGAUCCCAGCAGGGCUUUGUGCAACUUCUAUUGAUAUAUUGACCACGGUUGUGAGGAACACAAAGCCUCCUCUGUCCCAGCUCCUGAUCUGCCAAGCGUUCCCUGCAGUGGCUCAGUGCAGCCUGAACACAGAUGACAAUGCUACCAUGCAGAACGGCGGCGAGUGUCUGCGCGCAUACGUCUCGGUGGCGCUGGAGCAAAUUGCGCAGUGGCAUGAUGAGCAAGGCCACAACGGAUUGUGGUAUGUGAUGCAGGUGGUGAGCCAGCUUCUAGAUCCAAGGACGUCAGAAUUCACUGCUGCCUUUGUGGGCAGGCUGGUCUCCACUUUAAUUUCCAAAGCAGGAAGUGAGCUGGGAGAGAACCUGGACCAGAUCCUGAGAGCUAUCCUGAGCAAAAUGCAACAAGCGGAGACGCUCAGUGUAAUGCAGUCCUUAAUUAUGGUGUUUGCUCACUUGGUUCACUCCCAACUGGAACCACUCCUGGAGUUCCUGUGCAGUCUCCCCGGACCGACCGGCAAGCCUGCCUUGGAGUUUGUGAUGGCCGAAUGGAUGAGCCGGCAGCACUUGUUCUACGGGCAGUACGAAGGCAAAGUCAGCUCUGUAGCACUGUGUAAACUCCUUCAGUAUGGCAUCAACACAGAUGACAAGCGACUUCAGGACAUUAGGGUAAAGGGAGAAGAAAUAUUUAAUAUGGAUGAGGGAAUACGGACACGAUCAAAAUCAGCCAAAAAUCCUGAACGCUGGACAAACAUUCCUUUGUUAGUAAAAAUCUUAAAAUUAAUAAUAAAUGAACUUUCUAAUGCAAUGGAAGCAAACGCAUCAAGACAGACAACCGCAGAUUGGAGUCAAGAUGAUUCAAAUGAUAUGUGGGAGGAUCAGGAGGAAGAUGAGGAUGAAGAUGAAGGCUUAGCAGGACAGUUCUUAUCAGAUAUUCUUUCCACAAACAAGUAUGAUGAGGAUUACUAUGAAGAUGAUGAAGAGGACGAUCCAGAUGCGUUAAAGGACCCUCUUUACCAAAUAGAUCUCCAGGCCUAUCUCACUGACUUCCUGUGUCAGUUCGCACAGCAGCCCUGCUAUGCAAUGUUUUCAGACCAUCUCAAUGAGAACGAAAAGCGAGUGUUACAGGCCAUCGGUAUAUAAACCCGCUCACGAGACCAUACCGAUCAUAUCUGAACCAUAUUUUUUGGCUUAUUCCACGUUUUAUGAUUAAACAUAAAACAUUUUCCAGUCUCUACCUGCUCGUUACAGGUGGAUGAUGGGCCUCAUUGCGACGUGUUGAGCCUCAUCUUAACGAAUCUGCUAAGGGAAGGAAUACUAAGAAAGCAGCAAAGACGGAAGUCUCUAGAGCUUUGCACGUUGGUCUCACCAUGGGAGCACUUUCAUUUUCCACAGUAACUUUCCAGGAAGUUCUUAAAAAAAAUUAAAAAUGUGUCCUUAAUAUUUUUAAAAGCAAACUGUCUCUACCUGUGAAGAGGCACUUAACUGAGUUUCACACAGCACAGCUGGACAGAGAGAGGAAUUGGGUCACUUACAGAUUGCUUGGAUGUAUCUUGAGAAAUUGGAAGGUUGUUCCUCUUCGCGCUCGCAUAACACAUACAGGGUAAAUAUCUCGAUCUUACAGUGUGACUUCUUUUUAUAGAACUAUAGACUCUUAUCAGAGAUGCCUGAAUGGUAUGGAACCAGUUACAGGAGUUUGGAUGGGAAGCUGAGACAAUAAAAGUAGAUGCAUAUCUUCUUUCCUGCUGUGGAUGGGGCUUUGUUGCUCACAUCUACUGUCUAGUCCCAUGGGAGCAGUUCUUUACUAAUGCUUUUGUGUGCACAUGCUCAAAGGAAGCUACCACUUAAAUUUCUGUUCCUGUGGCAUGUGGCUACUAAAGACUUUGGUUUUAUGGAACACAAGGAGCCACGAUUUUUAGGGCAAGAAAACUGAUUGUAUUUAAGAUAUUUGCUCCAUGACAGCCACUCUGAACUAUUUUGCUUCCUUCACACUCCUGUGUGUAUUUUUAUAGAGUGGUAAAAUAACAUUUGCAAAUUGAUUUACCCAUAAGAACAGCGUGAUGUAUCUCACAACACCUCUCUGCCUUUGGUUCCCUCUUGGGGAAAAUGAAAAUAAAACUAUUAAAAUGUACAUUGGUAUCCUUCUUAUAAAACAGAUUUAAAAGGAAAUUGCACAUGUUUUCUGAAGUCACUUUUUUUAGGCAUAUUUCUCCUUAGGAAACUUUCUGUAUGUGCUGCCUGGAGGAUGCUAGGGUAUUUCAAGGAGUCAUCUAAACAGAAAGGGAGUCCUGUAAUGGAUACAUCUUCUUCUGCUUAAAAGAAAAAGGCUGACCCAUUAUAGAGUUUCCUUUCUUAAGAAAGGUACUUGCUGUUCCUUUGUGGAAUAAUACGCUUUGAAGUUGUAUCUGAAAACCUCCGAAGAGAUGGAGUAAUUAUGUAUCUUACUGGUCUAGUUUAGAAUAUAGCUUUUCACAUUUUUUACCAGGAGGGGGAUAAUAAAUUAACUUCUUAACAAAGAUGGCACAACCUGUUUAGCAUCUGUGGCGAAAUAACCCCAAAUUAUAAAGCGGACAUUGCUCCCUUCUCCCACUCAGAUCCCUCUUUUUGUGCCUGAGAAUAGGCAGAAAUAGGGGGAAUUGCCACAGUUUGCUGCAGACCUGCAGGUCUGGCUCAAGCUUGAGUCCUCAAUGGUUUUUUUGUAUGAAUAGCUCUAUGAGAAGCAGAACCUGAGGCUGAUUUUUGUGCGUGUGUGGCUUUGUCUGGAUUAGCCUGUGUCUAAUAAGGUGUAAGCUCUGAUCAGAAAUUUCCAAGCAGUUGUGUUGCAGUAUCUUUCUUCCCUGUGGAUUCUCUGGUGUAUAAGGAUAUACAAUUAAACUUUGUGCUAUGGCCUUCCC